CACCACCAUGUUCUUCUCUUAAAGAACGUCUUUCUUUCCCAUACACACCCCCUGCAUUUAAUGCUAUCUUCUUUCCUCUCUUCAUCUCUACAAAUACUAUGCCAAAACUCCUCCUUAUAACUCAAACUCAAACUCAAACUCACAAACACAUAUAUAUUUUCAACUUAAUAUAAAUAUAUAUAUAUAUUCAACAAAAAUAUCAUAUAUAUAUAUAUCAUCAUCAUGGCUUGUAUUGCCCUUGUUUCUCUUCUAUGUCUUGCUUCUUUGCAUGCAUGCAGUGCUCGUCUUCUACCCUCCAUUGAUAAGCAAGUUAGCUUUAGAGUUCACCAUGUUGCUGAGCAGGUACUGGUAGAGAAGGCAAAAGUCAACAAUGGUGAGUCAACUCAGAUUAUUAUUAACAAAAGAAUCAGCCAUGAAAAUGGUAACGGUUUGAAGCAGAAAACUCCAUUGAUGAUGAUCCAACAACAAGAUCAACAACCGAUUAUUCAAGGAAACGAUCUUACAACAAAACCAUCUUCACAUACUGAGUUGAAACAAUCAUCAAAUGUUGAAUUUACUAAGGGACAAAAUGGGAAGACUAUUAUUAUUAGGUCAAUGCUUGGAUCUGAUCCAGAAGAUACAGAGGAAAAUGUUGAUACCAAGGAAAACAACAAGACUAGUAAUGUUGAAGACAUAGAUAUGAUGGACUAUGCUCAACCUCACAGAAAGCCUCCAAUUCACAACGAAAAACCAUAGACAAUCAUACUCAUAUUUCUUCUAUAUAUAUAUAUAUAUUUAUAUAUAACGUUAUACUUUGUUCUUCUUAGGCUCUAUAUAUGUGUAUUGAAACAUUCAUGUUAUAUAAAUGGAUAAUUGAGUGCUA